UCUAAGUAAGAAUUUAUUGGACAAAAACGUCCCAUCUUAAAGCUUUGUGGAAGUCGUUUGGCUUAAUGUUGAAGUUUUGCAGGCUGACAUAAUAUUGUAUUGUUUAGCUUAGCUCGCUAGCCAAGACACGUGAUACGCAUUUCGAUUGCCUUAGCUUUAUGCCAUUUGUAAAAACAUUUUAAAAUGGUGGAUUGGGUCGUUCAGUUAACAUUAGAGUGAUUAUAUUUAAUUGAAUGAGACGCUUUUCGACGUUUCUUAACGAUGCGACAAAAUACUACUGACCGAAGGCCAACGUAAGAACGCCAAGCUAAAGAGUAGAGACGUGAAAGAUGAGAAGAAAUCCAGGCCAUGACGAGCAACUGAAAAACAAAAGAAAAUGAGGUGUCCCGCAGACGUCACUGUUUAAGAGCGUCACCCUCCGGAGCACGAUCCCCUCUACGUUAAACAGGAGGAGUCGGAUAUGGAGUACAUCAAACAGGAGGAGGAGUCAGAGACCCCCAACAUUAAUGAGGAACAGGAAGAUGAAAUCCCCAGGUUUCCAAUGACUGUCGAUGUGAAGAGUGAAGAAAGCGAAGUUCCAAGCAAAGAGAGCGGAGCAGUGAAACCUUCGAACGAUGGCUCAUUUCAACACCUGUCAACCAAAGAAGAGGGACGAUCGCAACCUUACGAUGUCACAGUGGAAGAUCUUCACCCAGAGAAGCAUGAUCCUCCCCACGUUAAACAGGAGGAGUCGAAUAUGGCGUACAUCAAACAGGAGGCGGAGCCAGAGAGCCCCAGCAUUAAAGAAGAAAAACAGGAAGAAGAAAUCAUGUUUCCAAUGCCUGUCGCUGUAAAAAGCGAAGAUGAUGAUGAAGGUCACAGCAAAGGGAAUGGAGCAGCGAAACCUUCGAAGGACAGCUCAUUUCAACACCUGAGAACAAAAGGUGAGGGACAAUCGCAACCGGACGACCUCUUAGCACCACUCUCGGACACUGAUGACGUAACGUCCCACUCUUCUGACUUUGACACCGAUGAGGAGGAUGUUGACUCGGAUGUGUCGAAAUCCUUUAACAAGUCAUCACUGAAAAAAGACUCAAAAGAAUGCGCAGAUGUCACAGUGGAAGAUCUUCACACGGAGAAGCACUAUCCCCUCCACGUUAAACGGGAGGAGUCAAAUAUGGCGUACAUUAAACAGGAGGCAGAGCCAGAGAGCCCCAGCAUUAAAGAAGAAAAACAGGAAGAGGAAAUCAUGUUUCCAAUGCCUGUCGCUGUAAAAAGCGAAGAUGAUGAUGAAGGUCCGAGUGGAUCAGCGAAACCUUCGAAGGACAGCUCAUUUCAACACCUGACAACAAAAGAUGUCACAGUGGAAGAUCUUCACCCGGAAGAGCACGUUAAACGGGAGGAGUCGAAUAUGGCGUACAUCAAACAGGAGGCGGAGCCAGAGAGCCCCAGCAUGAAAGAAGAAAAACAGGAAGAGGAAAUCAUCAUGUUUCCAAUGACUGUCUGUGUAAAAAGCGAAGAAGAUGAUGAAGGUCCGAGUGGAGCAGCGAAACCUUCGAGCGACAGCUCAUUUCAACACCUGACAACAAAAGAUGUCACAGUGGAAGAUCUUCACCUGGAAAAGCACGUUAAACGGGAGGAGUCGAAUAUGGCGUACAUCAAACAGGAGGCGGAGCCAGAGAGUUGCAGCAUUAAAGAAGAAAAACAGGAAGAGGAAAUCAUCAUGUUUCCAAUGACUGUCGGUGUAAAAAGCGAAGAAGAAGAUGAAGGUCUGAGCGGAGCAGCGAAACCUUCGAGCGACAGCUCAUUUCAACUCCUGACAACGAAAGAUGUUACAUUGGAAGAUCUUCACCUGGAGAAGCACGUUAAAUGGGAGGAGUCGAAUCUGGCGUACAUCAAACAGGAGGCGGAGCCAGUGCGUUGCAGCAUUAAAGAAGGAAAACAGGAAGAAGAAAUCAUCAUGUUUCCAAUGACUGUCGCUGUAAAAAGCGUAGAAGAAGAUGAAGGUCUGAGCGGAGCAGCGAAACCUUCGAGCAACAGCUCAUUUCAACACCUGACAACAAAAGGUGAGGGACAGUCGCAACCGGACGACCUCUUAGCACCACUCUCGGACACUGACGACGUAAUGUCGCACUCUUCUGUCUUUGACACUGAUGAGGAGGAUGUUGACUCUGAUGCGUCGAAAUCCUUAAACAAGUCAUCACUGAAAAGAGAGACAAAAGAAUGCGCGGGUGGGAAACCUUUUUCCUGCUCACAUUGCGAUAAAACAUUUACUACCAAGGAACAUUUAAUCAAACACAUGAAUACACUCACUGAAGAAAAGCCUUAUGUCUGCACAUUUUGUGGUAAAAGAUUUGGCCGGAAGGGAACUUUAAAAAUACACAUACGAACACAUACUGGAGAGAAGACUUUCGUCUGCUCUGUUUGCGAUAAAAGGUUACGUACGAAGCAAGCCUUAACGAGCCACACGAGGACACAUACUGGAGAGAAACCUUUUGUCUGCACAUUUUGUGGUAAAAGAUUUGGUCGGAAGGAAGCGUUAAAAAGACACACGAGAGAACACACUGGAGAGAAACCUUUUGUCUGCACAUUUUGUGGUAAAAGAUUUGGUCAGAAGGAAGCGUUAAAAAGACACACAAUGACACACACUGGAGAGAAGCCUUUCAUCUGCUCUCUUUGCGAUAAAAAAUUUUGUACCAAGCAAGCGUUAACAAGACACACGAGAACACACACUGGAGAGAAGCCUUUUGUCUGCACAUUUUGUGGUAAAAGAUUCGCCCAGCAGGGAACUUUACAGAAACACACAAGAACACACACCGGAGACGAGCCUAUUGCUUGCUCUGUUUACGAUAAAAGAUUUCGAACGAACUAUCAGUUUACAAGACACACGAGGACACAUACUGGAGAGAAGCCUUUCGUCUGCUCUCUUUGCGAUAAAAAAUUUUGUUCGAAGGAAGAAUUAACAAGACACACGAGAACACACACUAAAGAAAAGCCUUUUGCCUGCUCUCUUUGUGAUAAAAAAUUUCGAACGAACUAUGAGUUGACAAGACACACGAGGACACAUACUGGAGAGAAGCCUUUCGUCUGCUCUCUUUGCGAUAAAAAAUUUUUUUCGAAGGAAGAAUUAACAAAACACACGAAAACACACACUAAAGAAAAGCCUUUUGCCUGCUCUCUUUGUGAUAAAAGAUUUCGAACGAACUAUGAGUUGACAAGACACACGAGGACACAUACUGGAGAGAAGCCUUUCAUCUGCUCUCUUUGCGAUAAAAAAUAUUGUUCGAAGGACGAAUUAACAAGACACACGAGAACACACACUAAAGAAAAGCCUUUUGCCUGCUCUCUUUGUGAUAAAAGAUUUGGUUCGAAGCAUGCAUUAACACAACACACGCGCAUACACAUUAGGUAAAAAGGUUCACCCUGAAGCGAGAAUCAAUUCAUGACGCAGAACACACACCGAAGAGAGCCCUUUCAUAUGAUCCGCGUGCUGUAAAACCUUCUCUUACAGGGAACCACGGACAACUUGUAGUUCUUAAAAGAUAAGUGUUAGUAUGGGUUAUAAUUAGGGCUGUCAAACUUGUCGCGUUAACGGGCGGUAAUUUAUUUUCUUAAUUAAUCACGUUAAAAUAUUUAACGCAUUUAUCGCAUGCGCGGAAUGACCCACUCAUGCAUUGCCGCAAACAGACUACAGUGGCGCGUUUUUUUGUACAUUGAGCGCUAAGAGGCAGAGAAAAGCGCGUAG